AUGUCCAACGAAGACCCUUCUGUUCGCCGAAUUUUACCACAACAAUCCCAAAUGAAUUCCUUUUCGUUUGCGCCGCAGCAAUAUACGCAGCGCGAGACUCAAAAGAACUAUGUGUUCGUUGACGAGCACAACCGCCACAAGCGGUUGAAAGUUAUGAGAGCUUGCGAAGGCUGCCGAAGACGGAAGAUUAAAUGUGAUGCCGCAACGACAAACACAUGGCCCUGCUCGGCCUGCAUACGGCUUAAGCUUCACUGUGUACGACCCAACGGUUUCGAUGGAGCCACCGACACGACGACUUAUGACACUUCGCCUAUGCCUAACGAACAAUUUCAGCAAAUGUCUAUGCAACAUCAAGUUAUGAACCCAGGCGCCAAGCUUUCGCCAGCUGCCAUGUAUGGCACCCAACCUCAGCAAGUUUACCCUGAUGCGAGCGCUUCAUAUCAACAUGUUGGAUAUGAUACCUCUCAACAGCCGGGUGGUAUGCAUUACGGAGCUGUUGCGCCUACCGGUUCUAUGUUGGAUCACCAAUAUGCGGGCCAGAAUGUGUUUCCCACUCCUCCGAUGCAGCAGCCCCCACCGCCUCCCGGAGCUCAGCAGCAACCCUCUCCGGAGGCAUAUUCUUCCCCCGGUGACUACCAGCAUCAGGAUCUCGCUGAUCUUCUAGGAACGCUCAAGGUCAACGAGACGGGCACAGCUCCAUAUCUUAGAAAUAAGGCAUCUUUUAGACAUGAAGAGCAACCCGCUGUUGAGGAUGCUGAUGAUUUCCCCGGUGCUCUCCCUCCCAUGAUGCCUGCUCCCGGUCACAAGAUUCGCAUCCCACCGGAGUUGAUGCCCGAUGACGAGACAGCACUGAACUACUUCGACCUUUACUUUACUCACGUCCACCCUUACGUGCCGGUACUAUGUAAAACAGUUUUCUACCAGCAGUGGAACACGGAUCGAGAUGCCAUUUCUCCGUUGAUUCUCGAGGCGAUCUUUGCUAUGGGAGGACGACUGGCUGAGGAACCGACCGAGGGCCAGCAAUGGCUUGCUCUUGCAUCCAGACACGCCGAUUCUUUCAUGGAUGUUCCCAGAUUGAGUACUCUUCAAGCCUUGCUCAUGAUUCUGAAGGCUCGCGAAGCUGCCCCUAAGAGAGGCUACUAUUAUCGUUCUUGGAUGACAGUUGUGCAGUGUGUUCAGAUGGGCAAGGAUCUGGGCCUGGAUGAACAUUAUGAGGACCACCAAGCAGGCAUGGCCUGUGAUUUUACACCCGCCGAAUGUCAGCUUCGAAAACGGAUCUGGCAGCUGAUCUUUGUCUGCGAGGUUAUGGUUGGCGCCCCUCAAGGCCGACACGAUCAUGCUGUCAAACUCAACACUGUUGAUUUCACUGCCUCGCGACCAGUUCCCGGAUGCGAAGAAUCGGAAUAUCACACGUCACGCAAUUUCAGCUACUUCUCCCAGGUUGUGCGAACCGUGGCUGCGAUGAGCAAAGUCUACACGAGACUCCGAAGACGCAAAGAUUGGGGUGUCGACCCUGAGUUCCAGCAGCUGGGACAAAGCUUCAACACCUGGCUAACAGAGCUUCCCCCGGAUUUGGCUAUUUCCUUCCCACAGGACGGAUCACCCCCCUGGAUUCCUUCACACUUUAUCGGAAACAUGCAUGGCUACUACUACCUGGCUCUGAUUCUUUUCCAUCGACCUAUCCUGUCAUUCCUUGACCCUAACGCCGCGGACGGCCAGUGGAAACGCCAUAUGAUGAUCUGUUACAGCUCCGCCAAGGCCCUGUGCCGUGUACAGGAGGCAACACUCAACACUUUUGGACUUACCGGACUUCAGUGCAUGCAGCGAGGCUUCAGCUUUUCCCUCUAUGCUGGUCUCUCCUGCAUUGUUAUUCACUUGGUUGCCAUCGUUUCGCCCGACCCUGAGUUCAACAGUGAUGCCCGUGAAUACUUUACGAGACAUAUGAGGGUCUUGGAGAAGGUGAUGGAGUCUUGGUCGAUGCCCGAGUUGGAGAAGCAGAUCAACGCUCUGCGAGAGGCGUUCUCGGCAGAUGUCCGAAAGCCAUUCGUCCUGAAGCCCAGCUUCCCCUACGGCAGCCCUCACCCAUCAACUCAUUCCAGCCCUCCUCGAGGUACCGACUCAUUCAGGCCAGUGAUUCAUCGAACAGGAUCCAUAGACCAGCACUUGGAUACACACGGUGCCCAACAAGUCAGUUUUACCAACCACCCCAUUACACCUCCUAUAUCAGCCGGCCCAAUGGACAGCAAAAGUGACUCCCCAGCUGUACAGUCGCUCGUUAUGAUGUCGCAAGGAUCACAAGCUCCUGGUAUGCCCCAGAGCAUGUCGAUGGCAGAUCAACCGGGAUGGAAUCCAUCUCGUCUAUUUGAACAAUGGAACACCACAUUUGGUACGCCCGCCUCCCAACACUCCGCCACUACCCCACCUCACACGAGCCCUCUUAACGCGUCGUCCUCAGGUGCUACCGAAGUUCCCACUAUCCAGGAUAUCCAGGCAGUCCAAGCAUCAAUGCCAACUGGAUCGCAUCAAAUAUCACCACCUCAGUAUUCAGCUGCUCCCGUCCCCAACUUUGUCACUCCAGCCAUGUGGCAAGAAUCGGUUGCAAGCGUUUACGAAGGUGGAUUGAAGCGAGGCUGGGACUACGAUGGUGUUCCAGUGAUGAAGAGACACUGA